AUGGCUUCGCAAUCAACAGCUACCAACGGCGUUAAGGCCGCAGAAGCGGCGCCCAACGCCAGCGCCGACCCGAAGCCGACAGCAACUGCCAUCAGCGUCAUGAAUGGAGCCGCUACACCCAAACAGUCACCAUCACUAGCCGCCCAGUCGGCAGCGACUUCAGAAGUCACCCGAACAGCCUCACCCAUCCGAUAUCCACGAAAAGCUUCCUCAUCAAGUCGCCUUCGCGGCACCCGCUCUCGCACCAACAGUCAGCAAGACCUGAGCCCAACGCGACCCUCAAGAUCUCAAAUACCCAGUUAUACUGCCGCGGCCAGAAGCCUAUCCAGCUCUGGAACACCUUCAUUACCACCAGCUAAACAAGAGCAACCGACGCCGACCGCAACGCCACAUAAGACGGCAGUUUCAAUCGAUGCUAGGGAUGGUGCUCGUUGGCCCGUGUCACCUCGUCUUCGCUCUCCUCCUCCACAACCAAGUCGCUCGGAUCCAGCAACCCCGAGACCUGCCGCGGAUACUGAACCACCAGCUAUCAACAUACAGCAAGCCAGUCCAGCUCCUCAACCUGCGGAUAGCACCCCAAUAACGUCGGAAAAGAGCAGCGAAGACACCAACACAGAAAAUUCCGGAACGAGAACCCCCGUACGCUCCGCGCUGGAAACCGUUCAAGAAGUCGCUACUCCCGGACGGGAUGUAGGUCUCUUGGAAAAGGUCAAGGAAAAGUUGGUCCUGCCAGAACAAUCUAGCCAAUCUGAUGGCGCCAUGAGCGAUGGUGGGCGAAACGUCCGAUCGCGCCCAAGCCCUACCAGCAAUGAAAGCGGUAGCGACAGCAGCGUAAACCGAGCUGAAUCUAGGCGAACAACCUCGGUUCCGCCGCCGAUGCCCCGCCAGUCUAGCAGCCUGUCGACGAAGCAGAAGGCAAAACCCGAGGGCUCAACGCAGAAUAUGACUGUCGAAACAGAGACAGUUGUGAGCAUUCCUCAGGUUGCGCUGAAUACAGGAAACAAGGGUGACAACACAAACGGAACUUUGAAAGCCAAACAAAGUACAGAGACAAUUCGACCCCGCAAGGAUAAGAAAAAGUCGACGCGCAAACAAGCCAGUGUCAGCAACGCCACCGGCUCCUCCAAGGCUGACAUCUUUGAAGCCAAAAUUGCAAGUGCCGUCGAUGAAGCCAACACGUCUGACUCUGAAGAGACAUUUGUCUACGACUCGAACCCGCCCGAUGCGGGCGACCGCUCCGCUCGCCGCUUCCACUCUCGAACACCUAGCGCAACCUCCAUGGCCAGUCAAGCCGGCCGUCAAGACUCUCGAUCCAUAUACGGCGUUCUAGAAGGUCACGGACCGGUGCCCAAGAAGAGCAUGAAGUUCGUCAAUACCUUCAACGGCUCCGGCACUGACGGCCUUACUACUGGCGAUGAGGACGGCAAGGGCACUGGGCGAAGUGCAGGAGGCUCUGGUCGUGGCACGACACGACACCAUCACCACAUUGGCCGCUGGGGUCGACAGCCUGGCAACGGACACGCUUCAAUUUUCGAUAAUGAGUCUCCUUUUUCGACAGCAUCCCGCUCUAAGCUCAAUGGACAUGUCAAGAACUCGGGCGCUACAAGCCCACGCAAUCAUACCUCCCCUCGUGGUCUGUCAACAAAGAGAUCUGCUCUACAGAUGUCAUCUAUCUACGACAUGGAAGAGGCUGGUGGUGCUGACGACGAACGCACGCCACUAAUGAACUCUACCCGGCGGUCUGGCCGACGACGAGGGCCGCACAACUUGCGUCAAGCUGAGUCGCAGACAUAUACUCGUCGAUCCUCUUACUUGAACCGAUUCGCAGCUUGUCUUGUCCUGACCAUGAUGUUUCUCCUUGUCAUUACUGGCGCCAUUGGAUUCAUGUUUGCCACCUCGCAGCCCAUGAGCAAUAUUGAAAUCGUCUCUAUUGACAACGUGGUCACUAGUGAACAGGUUCUCAUGUUUGAUGUGACAAUCAAAGCCCACAACCCGAAUAUAGUUCUCGUAACUAUAGAUCAGACAGAUUUGGAGAUUUUCGCCAAGUCGGACCACGCUGGUACUGAUAGAGACUGGUGGAGCAGCCCUGAUGGCCCUGGAGAUGGUAAUGACGCUGCUGUGGUAUCAGCCAAGGCCGACGACAGACCAAACAUUCUGCUAGGCCGCAUCACCGAGUUUGACAGCCCCCUAACCUUUGGCGGAUCACUAUUCCAGCAAGGCAUGUCGACUGAUACUGGCGGAAUGAAACUACCAUAUCCUGGAAACGGAACGGCUGGUGGCGCAGCACGCUGGGAGAAGAUUUAUCAAAACAACUUUGAUCUCAUUAUCAAGGGUGUUGUCAAGUACAGUCUCCCAUUGAGUGCCCGUGUCCGCAGCGCAACCGUUUCUGGGCGAACAAAAGUCAAACCCAACUCGGCCAAUGAUCCCGUUAAAAAGCCAAACCAGACCGAGCCAGCCUCAUAA